UCUUUUGUCGGUCAUUCUGUGUUUGGUAAGGUGUUGUCAAAAGCUGCACUUAUCUAUUACGGAAUGAGCAAUCUCAAUGUUUCGGAAGAAGUCUCGGAGUUUCAGGAUUCGUCUAGACAGGACCCUUCUGGCGCCCAGGCAAUCUCUCCUUGGAAAGCAAAGGUUCUUCCAAAUGCUCUUUCCCCACUGCGUCCGAAACGCAAGAAUGUCUCUUCCGCAGGUGGCACUGCGGAAUCGAAUUCAUCUAGUGAAGAGAUGGAGGGGUCUGCUACCGAAGGAAGUUUUAAGAGGUUAAAGGCGAUUGACCCGUCACUAGACGUUGAAAUUCUAGCUUCUAAUAAGGCUUUAUCUUCAAAGAAGAAAGUUUUGGCUGUGGAAGAUUCAUUGAAAGAGAAAGAAGGGGGAAGACCAGCUGUUGCUGCUCCAAUUAGAGAGGUUUUUGAAGGAUCUUCAACUUUAUCGCAUGGCUCAUAG